CAGUUGCGCGUUUGCUUUCUCAGUUGCCGUGCUGUUGGGGGAGUGGACCCCGUUAAAAUGGACGUGGUUCAGGUCACGAGCUUCUCUUUCUCAGUUGGUUUUUAACGCGCUCUAUCCGACGUUCCUAGGCAUUCACAGGACUUCAUCCGACUUCAAUUUUAAACCGAUUGGUUGUAAUGUCAUCAGAGGAGAAAGAUGCAUCAGGCAUCAUACUGGAUCCUCAGUUCAUCCAGGAGAGCAGUGAAGUGUACAGAAACCCCACUGAAGUGCAGAUGAGUCAGAUCGUGCUGCCUUGCCAUGCCAAUCACUGCGGGGAGCUGAGUGCUGGACAGCUGCUUAAGUGGAUGGACUCCACAGCCUGUUUGUCAGCUGAGAGACAUGCAGGUUGCUCCUGUGUCACUGCAUCAGUGGAUGACAUCCAUUUUGAACACACAAUAGGUGUGGGAAAGGUUGUCAACAUCAUAGCAAAAGUCAACCGGGCCUUCACGUCUAGUAUGGAGGUGGGCAUAUUGGUGACUUGUGAGGAUCUUUACACUGGCAAGCAGUGGAAGGUUUGCCAUGCCUUUGCCACCUUCGUUGCCAGACGAACUGAAGUUGGGAAGGUACAGCUGAAACAGGUUAUUCCUCGUACACAAAUGGAGCAGAUGGAGUACAGCCUGGCAGCAGAGCGCCGGAGAAUGAGGCUCAUCCAUGCUGAGAUUAUCACAGACCUACUGAGCAGCAGCACGGCUCAGCUGGGAGAAUGCCAGGAGUAUCAGGAUGCUGUACCAGCUGAACGGACACGAGUUGAGAGUGUGGAGCUGGUGCUACCCCCCCAUGCCAACCAUCAAGUCAGCACUUUUGGAGGCCAGAUCAUGGCAUGGAUGGAGAAUGUGGCAACAAUUGCAGCAAGCCGCUUGUGUAACGCCCACCCAACCCUAAGGACCAUCGAUAUGUUCCAUUUUCGUGGCCCCUCUCACAUUGGUGACCGACUGGUACUGAAAGCCAUUGUUAACAAUGCUUUCAAGCAUAGCAUGGAGGUAGGAGUUUGUGCUGAGGCCUACCAGGGUGGAGAACCUCUGCGCCAUAUAAACAGUGCUUUUAUGACCUUUGAGGUAAUGGACGGUGACAAAAAACCCCGCACAUUGCCACGGAUACGACCUGAGCCUGUGGAUGGAAGUCGACGCUAUCAAGAAGCUAUUGCUAGAAAGAAGAUUCGCCUUGACAGAAAAUAUAUUAUCUCCUGCAAGCAGACUGAAGUUCCCCUGUCUGUGCCCUGGGAUCCAAGUAACCAGAUGUACCUGAGCUACAACAAUGUGUCAGCGCUGAAGCUAAUGGACACCAGAAACAACUGGGUAUUAACUUCAGAGAAAAAUAAGGUCAGACUCUACACACUUGAGGAAAACCACAUGCUGUUUUUCAAGGUGGAGAUGUACGUCAGCGUCCCAGCUGAGCAGUCGUUCCACCUGCUGUCAGAUCUGAGGAGGAGGAAGGAGUGGGACAGACAUUAUGAGGAGUGUGAGGUGAUCAAUCAGGCGGACGAAGAUGACACUCUUUAUCGUGUUGUUACACCCUCUGUCACUAAAGGGGGCAAAGGGAAAGACUUUAUCUUGCUGGCAUCUAGAAGGAAGCCAUGUGAUUCCAGAGACCCGUAUCUGAUUGCUCUGCGUUCGGUGACUUUACCCACUCAUCCACCCACAGAAGACUACACCAGAGGAGAGGUGCUCUGUGCUGGCUUCACAAUCUGGGAAGAAUCCAGUACUGUCACCAAGUUCACGUACUACAAUCAGGCCUCACCAGGGGUCCUUCCCUACAUCUCCACGGACAUUGCUGGCCUCUCCUCAAGCUUUUACAGCAUUUUUUCCACCUGUAGCCAGUUCCUGGAGGCCAACAAGGACAGCGUGGCUGCUCUGCCACCCUCUGCAUCUUAAUGCAGCAAUCCCUUUAAAAGAACAAAAGUUGUAUCAGGAGGAAGGACUAGCAUCAUCUCACUGUCUGUGCCCCGUUUCAACACUAAUGUGAAGGUGCUUUACUCAGAAUGUAACUGCUUCUCUCUGAGAUUACAAAAGGCUAAGGAUUUGUCAUUUCGUGAGUUUACUGCAUGUUUACUUGGUAAGAAGCAAAGAGCACAAUGAUUCUGAAGUACUCUCAGAUUUUAAGCCUUAAAAUCAAUUCUAACUUAUAUACAAAUAAAUCAUAUUUUAGUUU